AUGCAAGACACUUGGAAUGUGGUCUACAAGGAUAUACCUCACACGGUCACCAUUGAUGGGCCAGUUAUGGCUUUAGCUACCCAGCAGCUAUCAGAGUGGCACAACGGUGUUGGCACUACUGCCAUCACAGUACUUACACACUUCAUGUCAUCACAGGACAAUGUGGAGACUGAUGAGGAUCGCAAAAAUUUUGUGAAAAACUUACAUCUCAAGUUAGCUUUCUUGUAUGGGACUGUCACCAAGGACGGCAAAUUCAAGCAGCCUUUUCAAUCUGAACUCCUCAUUCAAGUUCUCAUACAGCAUGGGGACACAUGUGUCAGUGAACUGAAAGUCAACAGCAAAGGAAAGGCCAUCAAGGUCCCACACACCAUGAACAAAGCCUCAGGCAAGCCCAGUAGCGCUCUCAAGGCGUUUUCAGACACAAACUACAGUGAGGUGACCAGGGGGUACAUGAAGUCUAUCAACCACCUCCAAGAGUCGGUCAUCUGGGACAUCUGGGAGUGCACCAAGGACAUUGCUGCAAAGAGGUGUGGUGCACCCGCCACUCUCAACAGCAAGGAUUCUGACGAUGAGCGUGCACUCAUCUACAACGACUGGUAG